GCCGCUUCAAAGCCGAGGCGAGCGUGCAAUAAAUGCCCUAGCAAUGAUGCGCAUGUGAAGCUGUCGUCCACCCGCCCGCCCUCUGCUGCAACGCUCCUCCUGCACGCUUGACCGCCUCACCAAUUCCUGUGGAGGUCAAAGCCGCGACAAUGGCCGCUCCCAGCAUCAUCUCUGCAGCUGCGAGGCGGCGACUCGUUCAGCUCCCCGAGAUCUCGAGGUUCACUGCCCGGACACGUGCUACUGCCGCCGCGAGCCCCAUAGCUUCGAGAUGUCUGACGAGGGGCUACAGGCCUGCUGCUAUUACGGCAGGCCAAAGACGCGCCAUCUCGAGCACGACACGACGACGAUUUGCCUCCGUGGAAGAUGACUGGAGCGACCCAUUGCAACAGGAGCGAGAGUCUGAUGAGGUGGACAUAUGUAUCGUCGGUGGCGGCCCAGCAGGACUGAGUGCAGCUAUCAAGCUGAAGCAAUUGGCAAAUGAAGCAGGCAAUGAGGACUUCCGUGUGGUGCUGUUGGAGAAGGCGGGCGAGAUUGGAGACCACAUAGUGUCAGGCAAUGUGUUAGAACCAAGUGCUCUCGACGAGCUCAUUCCAGAUUGGAGGUCUGAGGACAACCCGAAUCGAUUCGAGAAUAUCACGCCUGCCACAAAAGACAAGAUGCGAUUCUUGACCAAAUCGAGUGCCAUUCCGAUCCCUGCGCCACCUCAGAUGAACAACCACGGUAACUACAUUUUGAGCUUGAAUGAGCUGUCCAAGUGGCUAGGCGAAAGAGCAGAGGAAGUUGGCGUGGAAGUGUAUGCAGGCUUUGCAGCGUCGGAAGUUCUAUACACCAAGGAAGGAGCUGUUAAGGGAGUGGCGACGAACGACCUGGGCAUUGGACGAGACGGCAAAGCAAAGGAUUCUUUCGAGCGCGGCAUGGAGUUUCAUGCACGAUGUACACUUCUGGCCGAGGGAUGUCACGGCAGUCUGACGAAGAAGGUCAUCAAGAAAUAUGACCUUCGCGCGAACAGCCAACACCAAACUUACGGACUCGGUAUCAAGGAAGUGUGGGAGAUCGAUCCUGCUAAGUUCGACAAGGGCCUCGUCGCGCACUCAAUGGGAUAUCCACUUCCGAAGGACACCUACGGAGGUGGCUGGAUGUACCACUUUGGCGAGAACAUGGUUUCGAUUGGAUUGGUGGUCGGCCUUGACUAUCCCAACCCAUGGCUAGCACCAUACGGCGAGUUCCAGAAGAUGAAGCAACACCCAUUCUACAGACAGUACCUCGAAGGUGGCAAAUGCAUAUCCUAUGGCGCACGAACAUUGAACGAAGGAGGCUUCCAAAGCAUACCCAAGUGCGCUUUUCCCGGGGGCGCUCUGAUCGGCGACACAGCCGGCUUCCUCAAUGUUCCCAAGAUCAAAGGGACCCACACUGCCAUGCGCAGUGGCAUGCUUGCCGCAGAAGCCGCCUACUCAGCUCUCUCCAGCUCCAACGAUACCGAAGGCGCCGUCUUCCUUUUCGACUACGAAGACAAGCUCCGCAAGUCUUCCAUUUGGAAAGAACUCAAACAAGUCCGCAACAUGCGACCAAGUUUCCACACUCCCCUCGGUCUUUACGGCGGUAUCCUCUACUCCGGUCUCGAAGCAUAUCUCUUCCGCGGCUACACUCCCUGGACUUUAAAGCACGGCAAGCAAGAUCACGCCGCUACUAAGCCCGCUUCCGAAUGCCAAAAGAUCGAAUACCCAAAGCCCGACAACGAGAUCUCCUUUGAUAUUUUGACCUCCGUCUCCCGCACCGGAACAAACCACGAAGAAGAUCAGCCCUGUCACUUGCAAGUCGCGGACUGGGAUAAGCAUGCGGAGAAGGAGUAUCCCAAAUACCAAGGCGUGGAGAACCGAUUUUGUCCUGCCGGAGUGUAUGAGUAUGUGGAAGAUGAGAGCAAGGAUUUGGGCGUGAGGUUCCAGAUUAAUUCGCAGAACUGCGUACAUUGCAAGACAUGCGAUAUUAAGGUGCCCGAUCAGGAUAUCAACUGGCAGACACCGCAGGGUGGGGAGGGGCCCAAGUAUGUGAUGACAUAGUCGCGGAAGGAAUGGACGGAGAAAGAGAUGGCGAAAGGCAUGUUUCAACAAGGUUUUAAGGCAAGAAAAAUCUGGAAGUCCUCCAUCGAGUGAGAAAGUGCAAGGUAUUACUAUUGUGUGUGUAAGUGAGUGAGUAAAAGAAGCAAUUAUGGUCACAGUACUUUACUCAUCUCUGGCUGGCGCACACUUUUCGUACAACAUGCAUGCUGUGCUGAAACAGGAAUUGAUGAGGAUCGCUGAUUAAACGACGUGUAUUUCCUGUCAUGAUGCCGUUACCUCUUCAACG